AUGUCAGUGCCAAAAGCGGUAACCCCCAGCUACACUCGGGCUUACCAUUCGGCGCUGCAUAGGGAGUCCCUGCAGAGCUUACCUUGUCCUUCGCUCCCGCGAUGUGUCCCCUGCAGCGUCCCAGGCCAUCUCUUCCGGCCGAUGCCGGCCUCCGGCCUCUGUGUUCCGGUCCCUGUGACGUCGGGACGUACGGGUGCUGCCGCCGCCGGCGGGAAAUUUGAAAAUUUUAAAAAAUUUCAUAUUGUCUGUCCCUAGUGCUUUGUCCUGUGCCCUGCCUGCAUUUUGUCUGUUCUUUCUG